AUGCCUUUCUCUCUCUUCUCCCGCAAGAAACCCACUCGCCGAUUCAAUGGCUUCUACGCCGACUGGUCCAAAACCCUAUCGGAAAACUGCCUCCCUCUCCUCCGCCAAUCUCUUUCCUCCGCCGCUUCCGCUUCCGUCCUCUCCUCCAACGUGGAUCUCGUCCUCCGCCAUCUCGUCCUGUACUACGAAACCCUAGAUCUCGCCGCCGAUCCUAACACCAUCGCUUACCUCCUCUUCCCCUCGUGGCGCAACUCGCUCGAGACGCCGUUCCUCUUCAUCGGCGAUAUCCAUCCUUACCUCCUCACCAACCUCCUCCGAUCCUUCAUCGAUAGAGAGAAUCGAGAUUCCGACGACGACGAAGAUUCCCUCCGCCUGAUUCCGGAUCUGGUGAAUCAGCCGCUGAAGAUCGCGACCGCGUGGAAAGAUCCAUCGGACGAGCUGAUGACGAGGAUCGAUCAGAUCGAGUGCACGAUGAGGCUUAUGGUCCCUGUUCUAAUGGAUCGGAUGAGGAAAACGCAGAGAGGCUUCGUGUCUCGGGUCUCUGAGAAUUGGAUCUCGUCGUAUCAAGCGGGAAAGAAGAAGAAGACGGUCGCGGCGGUUGCAGCUUCGGCGGCUUCGGUGGAUGAGGAGGCGAAAGUGGAGAUGGAGGAGCUUGUGAGUAUCUUCGUUGAUGCGAAUCGACUGAGGAAGAGUGUGAUCAUGGACAUUGUUGGAGCUACGAGCGAGCAUCAAGCUGCUUUGUUUCUUGAAGGUUUAUGCCAGUUUCUCGUUGGGUUUAAAGAUCAGGUUCUUCUCCAAGAUUUCGAGGUCGUUGCAUUGCCUAAUUAA